AUGCUUGGAGGAGCUCUGACCUUAUUGUUCCUCUCCUCAGUCUUAAUACUUCGCAACGGGGCAGCUGAAGUCAAUUGCACCUCCCCAUGGGUAAACAUGUACGGAAAUUCCUGCUACUAUCUUUACGAUUUAACAGGCCACUUAUACGAAACUGCAGAGCUUACAUGUCGCGACCUAAAUUCUCAUGUUUACGUGCCAAGUUCGGAAAGUGAAUAUGAGGCCGUCUCCGCCCGUCUACUUCUAGUACAAUACUACUUUUACGGAAGCGAGCUGGGGUUGUGGAUUGGUUGUGCCAACAAUGGCAACGAUGAUUCUUUCUUUUGUUCUGAUGGAACGGAGAUUGGCAUCAAUAGCGAUUGGUGGUUCAACACGGGUUAUAUCACAGGGGGACCCGACAGAUGUGCGGCUUUCAACUUGAAAACCUUCCCUUCUAAACUAUACAAGCAUUCAUGUGAGAACGAUACCAACGCAAUUAUCUGCGAAGAUGGCCCAGUGCAGGAAAUUGAUGACUUGGUUACAACCACCAGUGCCACCACUACCACCACUACCAGCCCGAUCGAAUCAUGGACCUCCUACAUGGUCCCUUGCACAGCCCAUCACACCUCUUACACUUGUCCUGAGAUCUACGGACGAUAUGGGAUGCGUUUCCCGGCUAUCCACGUAUAUUUUGCCGACCGUUUUAACAUAGAAAUGAGUGAGGUAUGCAACAGAAUGAGAGGCAUCCAACGAGCAUCGGCGAUUCUUUUUCGACAAAAUGGUCGCUUUCAGAAGACGUUUGUGUCUUGGAGAGCCACAUCAUACAUGUAGAGUGUUGGUGUUCUGUCGACAGUUCUGGUGGGUAUUUCAUAAAGCUGUUCGUAAGAUACGAAUGACUUUACGCACGAUUAGUGCAUGCAGGGAAGUGUUCCCUGACUGGUGAUCACUUCUUGUGCUGUAAUGAUACCCCCAUAGAUGUAAUUGAUUCAUGACCUAAGAACAUGUUCCAGUCGUGCGUAAAGUCGAGCGUAACUUUACGAUCAGCUUUAUGAAACACCCACCAGGCUCUACAGUAACUUGAGGAACAUUGUCAACAGAAAGUUUUUACUCCGCGAAGAACGACGUAUUCAAGAACAUAGAAAAGGUAUUGCCAACUGACGCCUUUUAUGACAAUGAACAACCAAGAGGUCUUAUUCAAAAUAGCAGUUUCGCACGCCGGACUAAACAACAUAGGUAUUUGCAAUUUUUCAUCAGCUUCGAAACUUAGGAUAAAACUGCUGUUCCGGACGAUUCACCAAUUUUCGACAAAGACCUCCCAGCUGUCCUUUGUCAUUUGACGGGCACUUUCAAUAUAUGUAUUGUGUUCUUGAAUCCGUCAUGCGUCGCGAUGUGAAAACUCCAUGAAUUUUUGGAAAACAGAAAAAAUCCCAAAACAUGGCUCUCGUCGCUCGUCGGAGUUUUCAAACCGAUAUCCAUCAAAUUUGUAAAAGUAGAUUUUGUUUUUCUUCGUAGUUGCCGCAAAA